AUGCAUCUCACGAGCAUUACCCUCGGCGCCAUCCUGGCUGCCAGCGCGGCCGCUUCCCCCGCCGCGGAGGUCACGGACCUCGGCCACUUGAAGCGCGCGGCUGAUGCUGCGGCUGCGGCGCUUGCUCAGCCUGCCCCUGAGGCCCAGCCGGGUUGGAAGGCUCCUUGGCCCCGCUUCUGCUUCCGUCCUGGCCAGCCGUGUACGAAGGCUAAGAGGUCGGCAGAUGCGAUUGCUGAUGCUGUUGGGCGCGCUUAUAAAGUGCUUGGGGAGGAGAGCGAGGACCUCGCCCUCUACCGCCGCACCGCCAUGCCCUCGCCCGAAGCCCUCGCCGCCGCCGACGCCGCAGCCGAGGCCGACCCCAAGGCCCCCAAGGGCUGGAAGGCCCCCUGGCCGCGCUUCUGCUUCCGCCCCGGCCAGCCCUGCACCAAGGCCAAGCGGGCCGCCGAGGCCAUCGCCGACCCCGAAGCCGACCCCGAGGCUAACCCCGGCUGGAAGGCCCCCUGGCCCCGCUUCUGCUUCCGCCCCGGCCAGCCCUGCACCAAAGUCAAGCGGGCCGCGAGCGCGGUCGCCGAGGCCCUGGCUGAGGCCGCGCCGGCGCCCGAGGCCAACCCGGGAUGGAAGGCCCCUUGGCCCAGAUUCUGCUUCCGUCCGGGCCAGCCUUGCACCAAGGUCCGUAGGGCCCUGGAUGAUUUGCAGGCGGCCGCUGUGGGCGCUGAGAGCCAUAUUGACUCCGAAUUUGGCGUUGAGGGCAUCGAUUUCGAGGCUGAGGAGUAG